AUGGCGUUAAUGGUACAACAACAGGGUCAAAAUCGGAGACGGAUCAUCUCGUCCACACAUCAUCUAACUAUAGUAUCGAACACUUCAGAUACGCCUCCCACUCUCCUUCGACAGACGGCUUGCUUCAUGAUUCCAACAAUUUCGGCAGGGUUACGAUGGUCGUCGUGUGCCGUUGUCGUCGUCGGAGUUGUCGCCCUUCUGAGCUUUUCCCCCUCGACGCUAGCGCUGGUAGUUCCACAGGCUCCGGGAAGACCACGGUCUGGGACGACAAGUACAGGGUUCGGCAAAAGUAGUAGCCAAUCGAUUGUGCCGCGACCAAGCCACUGCCGUACUCGCCGUACCGCGACGUGGAUGGUUUUGACUCCUCCAUCCCAACGGCAACCAACGCCAUCCGUAUCCCAAUCAUCACGACCGUCGCGAUCCACCACGUUAUCGACGACGUCCCCGCCGCAAGGUACACCCGUUCAAUCCGCAUCGGAGAAUACUGAUUCCACCAGUGGGUCUACGGGGACUGGACAAGCUCGCCCAAAGAGCGCCACACGCAGUAGCUGCAGCAGUAGCAGUAGUACGCGAUUACACGCCCGUAACAAUAAUCUGCUCAAGCGUAAAAAUUACCAGCGCAAUUUCAUUCCGGAAUCAGAACGUGAAGUGAAAACACUGCGUCGAUCGCGCCAGGCCAAGUAUGAGCAGCUGAAGUCGGGCUCUGAUGUGGCACCCAAUAUCUGGAGUUUCGAAAGUCUUUUUCCGGAUCCGGUCUGGGACGAGACCUCCGUGCAACGAGACUUGUACCAAAUUAAAGAGAGGGACGAGAAACAAAAGCAACGGCUCGCCUUUCAAAAAAAUGCCACCGAUGGCAUCAACAGCAACAACAUCCGACAGAAAAAGGAUCCUGUGGUAGAUUCUACAAAGCUGCGCGAGAAGCGCGAUAGCCUCGUCAAUCCAAAAAUGCGAUCACCCUCAUACGGUGGAAGCUCCGUCAUGCGAUUGUGGCGCGAGCCCAAGCUCAGCUCUCUCGAAUCACCUUCAAUGGAAAGCAACCGUGCUCUUCCUACCCGCAAGAACACGAUUCCGAACAGCAUAAGCAAAACUAGUUCGGAGAGUAUUGCAAACGUUCGUCCGAACGAGAAACUGCACAACAUGUCCAACGUCCUCACCAUGACAACAAGCUCGAACAGCAACAACAAAACCAAGCCAGCGAAAGUCGACGCCGAUUUAACGCGUCUAGUUCGGGAUCGUAUUUUCGGCUAUCGCCGAACCAAAACCGGUCAACUCCAGUACGACACAUCGCUUAUGGGAGACGGAGCCGUACAGUUUCGCGACGGGGUCCGCCUCAGCAAUCCUUUGCGAGUCAACGCGGAUCGACUCAAUUACCUCGCCAAAAAGGAAUUACAACACGGUCGGGUGGAAGAAGCCCAAGAACUGUAUACGAUUGCCCUGCAAAUCGAUCCCCGCGAUGGGCGCGCUUACCUCGGGAUGAGUCGCUGUGCAAGCCGGCGGCGGGACUUUAAACUCGCCAAAGUCUGGUUGCAAACGGGCAUUUCCAAUGCCGUGUCCGUUAACGAAAACACCAUGCAAGCUGAUCGUGGCGCCAACCCGUUCUUACUGCAGGCGCUCGGCUGCUUGGAAGAAAAUUCGGGACGACUUUCCGAGGCGGAGGCCUUGUAUAUUGCGGCGGCCAAAUCAAGACCUACUCAUGCAGCUGCAUGGGUCAGUCUGGGGCAGUUAAGAAUCCGCAAAUUGGGACAAUCCGCUAACGCUGGGCGAGUUUGUUUUCAAUCCGCGGAACGAGAAUGGCAACGAGCAUCGCUACCCCCGUCAGCACACGUUUACACGGCCUGGGCGGCCUUGGAAUGCGAAGCAAACGACAUACGGCGGGCCCGCCAACUAUACAAGGCUGCCUUAGAUGUUGACCCAAGAAGUUCCGUGGCCUGGUUGCAGCUCGGUGUCAUGGAAGCAGAUGAGGAGAACUGGAACGAAGCUGAAACUUGCUUUGAAACAGCGUUAAAAUUUGAUCGUCGGAAUUCGCGACUGCUGCAAGCAUACGCACUCAUGGAAACGAAACGGCCUAACGGAAACAGUCGGAAGGCGAUUGGAUUGCUAGAGCGUGCCCUCAAGGCGAAUCCCAGAGACGCCGGUGUACUGCAAGCUUACGCUUUGUACGUUGCCGAACUGGGCGACGUGGACGCCGCUCGCGAUUUGCUACGACGAGGGGCCGAAGCCAACAAGCGCCACGCCCCGGUCUGGCAGGCCUGGGCGGUACUAGAAACGCGCCAUGGAAACGUUCAGGAAGCCCGCUCAAUUUUUCAAGAGGGCAUUUGGGCUUGCGCGCAAUUGACGGGUGGCCAGUCGGGUGGCUACCGGUGCGCCCGACUGUGGCAGGCCUGGGGCGUGUUAGAGGCCAGAGAAGGCGACGCUGCCGCGGCUAGAAGAUGUUUUUCGCGGGCCCUGGAUGCCGAUAGUCGUAACGUAGCGGCAGUCACAGCCUGGGCCUUGAUGGAGGAAGAGUUUGGCAACGUUCGGGACGCCCGAGCUAUUUAUGAACGAUCGCUGCGGCUGUUCGCUGCUGGCAGUGGUGAGAAAACAUCAAUAUGGAGAAACUACGAACUCAUGGAACAGCGGCUUGGUCACGUGGCGGCCGCCCAAAACGUCUAUCAGCGGUCCAUGCGGGAAGCAAUUACCGUCUCGGAUGAAAUCGCCGACAAUAUUGUGGGCCUGUCGGCUAAGAGUACAACUCCCCUCCCGGACUUGACAAACGUACUGAGUAGAUCGUCGGACGAAGUGGAAGUUUUACGAUGGGAAGGCCAAUCAAAAUCGAGCUUGGGUGGCGAAGUUUGGCUCAACGACCGGGCUAUUGAAGGCAAGGUACCAUUUGACAUGAAGACGAACCAACGACGGAACAAGAAAACCGAUAAAAAAUACAAUCAAACCCCGUAGAAAAGGUUGAUAGAUGUG